AUGUCUGAAAAUCAUAAUUCAUCCACAAUCUCCUCAUCAUCGCAUGUUAAUCCAACUUUUACAUUUAACAGUGUAGUUGACAGUGAUGAUGAUAUUAAUAAUAACAGUCCGAAUGAUGAUAUCAUUGAUGAUCCUGAUAAUAACAAUAAUUCAAUCUCUCUUCAAGCAGCUCCAAUGAAUGAACUGCAUAAAAUACGUCAUCGUAGAAUGUCAUUGUUAACUGAUUUCAAUGAUCCAUUUUCAAGUGCUGAAGUUUAUUAUGGUCCACAAAAGAAUCCAGUUAAACGUACAAAUUCUUCUAAAAAGCUACAUUUUAGAAAUAAGUCAAGGACCAUGAGUGUCUUUGGUAAUGUUUCUGAUUUUAAAAAAGGCGCAUUAAAACAUUAUCCAAUAAAAAGACGUGGUUCCGAAGAUGAUACAUAUUCAAGUAGCCAAGGUGAUCGACAAUUCUUUAUAGAAGAUGUUGAUUCCACAUUAGAAGAAUUAUUAGGAAAUGAAGAUACAGACAGUAACUUCCAAAUUACUAUUGAAGAUAGAGGUCCUAAAGUUUUGAAAGUAGGCACUGCUAAUUCGGGUGGUUAUAAAUUCAUUAAUGUUAGAGGUACUUAUAAUUUAUCUAAUUUAUUACAAGAAUUAACAAUUGCUCAAAGCUUUGGUCGUCAUCAAAUCUUUUUGGAUGAGGCACGUAUUAAUGAAAACCCUGUUAAUAGACUUACUAGAUUAAUUACACAUCAAUUCUGGAAUAGUUUAACAAGAAAAGUGGAUUUAGAUAAUGUAGCACAAAUAGCCAUGGAUGAAAAAAUUGAUACUCCGGGUGCAAAGAUUCCAAGGAUUUAUGUUCCAUAUGGUUGCGAAGAUCAAUACGCCUUCUAUAUUGAAGCGGUUCAAAAGAAUCCUUCAAUAAAAUUAGAAGUUGAAUACUUGCCAAAAAAAAUUACCCCUGAAUAUGUGAAGUCCAUUAAUGAAAUUCCAGGUCUCUUAGCUCUAGCAAUGGAAAAGCAUAUUGAUCCAUCCACUGGUGAAAAGACUUUGAUUAGUUAUCCUUAUUGUGUACCUGGUGGCAGAUUUAAUGAAUUAUAUGGUUGGGAUUCGUAUUUAAUCGCAUUAGGUUUAUUAGAAAGUAAUAAAGUAGAUGUGGCAAGGGGAAUGGUAGAACAUUUCAUAUUUGAAAUUGAACAUUAUGGGAAAAUUUUAAAUGCAAAUAGAUCAUACUAUUUAUGUAGAUCACAACCUCCAUUUUUAACAGAUAUGGCUUUAGCAGUAUUUGAAAAAAUUGGGGGCAAGAGCAAUCCAUCUGCCAUUCGAUUCUUGAAAAAGUCUUUUGCCACAGCUAUAAAGGAAUACAAAACAGUAUGGAUGGCUGAACCAAGACUCGACCCUAUUACAGGUUUAUCUCGUUAUCAUCCAGAUGGUUUAGGGAUACCACCAGAAACUGAACCAGAGCAUUUUGACGCUAUACUAACACCAUAUGCGAAGAAACAUAAUGUUACCAUUCCAGAAUUUAGAGAUUUAUAUAAUGAUGGGACUAUUAAGGAACCAGCAUUAGAUGAAUUUUUCCUACAUGAUCGUGCUGUAAGAGAAUCAGGCCAUGAUACUACUUACAGAUUUGAAGGUGUUUGUGCUUAUUUGGCAACAAUUGAUUUAAAUUCUUUGUUGUAUAAAUAUGAAAUUGAUAUUGCUGAUUUUGUGGAAGAAUUUUUUGAUAAUAAAUAUGUAGAUCCAUUUGAUGGCACAACAACAGAUUCUCAAUAUUGGAGAGCCGCUGCAGGAAAAAGAAAAAAUACUAUUAAUAAAUUAAUGUGGGAUAAAGAAUCUGGUUUUUUCUAUGACUAUAACACACAAGUGAGGCAACGCACUUCAUAUGAAUCAGCCACUACAUUUUGGGCCUUAUGGGCAGGAAUGGCAACUCAAGAACAAGCAGAUAUUAUGGUAGCAAAAGCACUUCCAAGAUUAGAAGUUUUGGGUGGAUUAGUGGCAUGCACAGAGGAAUCAAGAGGACCACUUUCAGUCACUAGACCAUCUAGGCAAUGGGAUUAUCCAUUUGGUUGGGCUCCUCAUCAAAUUUUGGCAUGGGAUGGACUCUGUAGAUAUGGAUAUACUGGAAUAGCUACUAGGUUAAGUUAUAGAUGGCUUUACAUGAUGACCAAAGCAUUCGUUGAUUAUAAUGGUAUUGUUGUUGAAAAAUACGACGUUACAAGAGGUACAGAUCCUCACAGAGUUGACGCAGAAUACGGUAAUCAAGGUGCUGAUUUUAAAGGGGUUGCUAGAGAAGGUUUUGGUUGGGUUAAUACAAGUUAUCUAUUGGGUUUAAAAUACCAAAAUUUACAUGCAAGAAGAGCGCUAGGUUCUUGUAUCCCUCCUGUUCCUUUCUUUAAUAGAUUGAAACCAGAAGAAAGACGCAAUUAUGGUUUUGAGUACUGA